AUGAGACAAAAAUCUCAAACUGUUCAUGAAGGUGGAUUAAAAAAAUUGUUAACAGUAGAUUAUGAAAAAUGCAUAUAUAAUUGUUUAUUGAUAAAACAAAAAUUUAUAGGAAGAGGUCCAAGGUAUAUUUAUUUGUUUAAGAAUCAGAUUUGUAUAGGAAAGGUAUUAGUUUAUAAUAGUAUUUUGAGUCUCCUUUUGUUUAGAUUCCAGAGCGACAAUUCUAAAUAAAUUAAGAUAUGAGAAUAUAAUGGUCUUACAAGAAAAAUCAAUUAAAAUCAGUAAUAUUUUAAGUAGGUGGAGAGUAAUUUGAAUAUUUUGGUACAAAUGAAUAAUUAAGAGAACUAAAACAAAAAUGUGCUCUUUAUGUGUUUUAGGUGAAAAUAUAAGAUGAAUAUUAAGCAGAGUCAAUUUUAGGGAAAGGAUCAUAUGCUACAGUCCUUGAAUUAUCAAAUUUAUAAACUUAAAAAUAAUAUGCAGCUAAAUGCAUAGAUUAAUAAAGGAUAAAUGAAAAAAAAAAUGGAUAUAAGUAAUUAUUAUAAGAAAUUGAGACGAUGCGUAUUCUUUCAGAAAUAAAAUAUUAAAAUAUACUUUAAUUACAUGAACUCUAUAUAGGGAAUUAAAAUUAUUAUUUAGUGAUGGAGUUAGCUAAAGGAGGAUCACUUCUAUCUUUAAUGAAAAAGCGUUAAACACUAUUUAGUAGAUCAGAUAUAAGAAUUAUAAUGAAAUAAUUAUUAGAAGGUUUAACAUUUAUUCAUAGUCAUAAUAUAAUGCAUAGAGAUUUAAAACCAGAGAAUAUUUUAUUUAUGAAUAAGGAUUUAGAGUCAUUAGUAAUAGCUGAUUUUGGAUUAGCAUAAUCAGUAGAAUCUCAUCCAUAUACAUAUCCAAAAUGUGGUACCCCAGGAUUUGUAGCUCCUGAAAUUUUAGAAUAAGAUUCAGAUUAUGCUAAAUAUUCUGUACUUUGUGAUAUUUUUAGUGCUGGGGUUAUACUUUAUGUUUUGUAAUUAUUAUUUGUAUAUAUAAUUAUUAUAGGUUAAUUGGUGAACCAUUAUUUGAAAAAAAAGAUAGAAAAGAAUAAUUAGAAUUAAAUAGAAAAUGUGAUAUUAAUCUUACUAAAUUUAGUAAUGAUUAGUUAAAUGAUAUUGAAAAAGAUCUAUUAAUUAAAAUGCUAUCCAAAAAUCCUGAAUUUAGAUGGUCAGCAAAUAGUUUAUUAAAACAUAAAUUCUUUGUUUCUGAAGAUCAAAUUGAAAGUGAAGUAGAUUUCUAUAAACUUAAUAAUAUAGCCAUGUAUCAUUAGUAUAAAAUAUUAGUCUCAAGAAAUCUAUGAUGCCAACAUUUAUCAAAAAUCCAUUCAUGCAGAAUUAUAAAAAUUAAAAUACAACCAGAGAUAAAUCUAUAUCUUUAAUCAAUAGAUAAAGAAAUUGCACUCUAGUUAUGUAAACUAAUUUAAGAUUUGAUAAAUCAUCAUAAGAAUAAUUGAAUACUGAAUAAGUCAAUGGUAUUGGCUCUUUUGGAUUGUUUCAAGAUGAAAUUAACUAAAUCAACUUUUGA